GGGCCCCCCCCGGCAAACCAAGGUUAAACCUGGUGCCCUGUCACAUCCAUGGAUCCUCGCUUCAACCAUCACCGACGUCAUCACUCUCCUGAAGAAAUGCAUACGAUACCGCAACAUCCAGGAAGAGGCUGUCUCUUAUGGUCGUCUGAUUAAACUCGUGGGGCCCGGAACAUCCUCUUAUUCACCAAAGGCUUUCAAACCAUCUGUUGGUCCUGAUCACUUUCACCCCAGCAGACACCACGGCCGACCGACGAAGAUACCACCCCUACAGAAUCCUCGUCAAUACAAAUCACUACUCGCGAUGAUCUCAGUCUCUUAUAUCGUUUCGUCCGCACCAUCAUCAAACCCCUACGACCUAAACUCGCCAGCUCGUCCAACCAACAGCCUGGAGGUUCGAUACGCUUGAUCCCACCCCAUAAAGAAGACCUUGAGGUUAUUGAGUCCCAAGUGGAAUCGGUCUGGCAGUACACCUACCAGACUAAAUCGUCAGCAGCCUCGCCGCAAGGCCAUGGCGCUCGUCCAGCACAUCAGAUCUAUUAUUUCCAUGGUGGCGGUUUCCAGAUGCGACCUUCUAACCAACACCGCGUUUUUUUACGUCGGCUGUCACGAGAUUUGUACCGUCGAUCCCAAACCCAGGUUCCAAAUCGUCCGGAGCCACUCCUGACCCUCGUUUCGUAUCCUUUAGCACCUCACUCGCCGGCACACAAGUCCCUUCCCAUACUUCAAAAGUGGCUGUCGGCCACUCUCGACAACGCUGUUCAGUCUGGCGACAAAGUAACUCUAAUGGGGGAUUCAUCUGGAGGAAACCUAGCCCUCAGUCUUGGGUUCUGGGCUUCAGAGCAUUACAAGGUACCUUCGGCUGUGGCUCACUUUGAUUCAGAACUCGGAUCAAAAGAAGGUGUGCCCCGCAACACCCGUCCAAAGAAGUCUUCACCGCUGGUUUCCAUUAUCGCCAUCAGUCCUGCUGUAGAUCUCCGCAAUAUCAACCCCGAAAUCCAACAGAUGGAUCGACUUGAUCCGGUGCUGACGGCCAAACUCACUGGCGAUGUGGGCCAGAUCUGGUCAACGGGGAGUUCUUCGAAGAAGCCCUCCGACACGAAGCCAGACGACGCAAGCCUCCUCUCUGUGGAUGAUCCGCAGUUGUCUCCAUUGUUGAACAGUGAAGAUGCUUUUCGCGGCCUGGCGAGCAAGGAUAUCCAGAUCCACGGCGUAUUUGGGACAUUCGAUGUCCUUUCCCCUGACGCCAAAUUGUUCAUGCAGAAAUGUGAGAGGUACGGAGUUCGAGGUAAAUGGUUGGUAUGGGAGGGUCAAAUGCACUGUUUCCCUUUAACAGCGGGAAAGGGCAUCAGGGGAAUUAGGGAGGGAAGAGAGGGCUUGGAGUGGUUGGAAGAUGUCAUCAUGGGGGAUUGAUGUUAUCGUCUCCUACCCAUCUUGUAAGAAUAACA